ACCCUCUCUUUGCUUCCGGUUUACCUCCGGGUGUGUAAACUGUCGUCUGUCUGCAGCUGCAGACUAACAUUAGUUUUACACAAUGAAGGUCGUUUCCUGGAACAUAAAUGGCAUAAGGACUUUCAGAGGCGGCAUUAAAAAGGCUCUGGAUUCCCUGGACGCAGAUAUUAUCUGUGUUCAAGAGACAAAAGUGACAAGAGACCUGCUGGAUGAGAGAACUGCUAUUGUUGACGGAUACAACUCAUAUUUCAGCUUCAGUCGAGGACGCAGCGGCUAUUCAGGGGUUGCCACUUACUGUAAAGACGGUGCCACUCCAUUUGCUGCUGAGGAGGGUCUCACGGGUCUGCUGACCAACCAUGAAGGGGCUGUUGGGUGCUACGGGGACCAGAGUGAGUUCAGCAGCGAGGAGCUGCAGCUUUUGGACAAUGAAGGGCGAGCUGUUAUCACACAGCACAGAAUCACGUGUCAGGACAAAGAGCAAACUGUUACUGUGAUCAAUGUAUACUGUCCACGGGCUGACCCUGAAAAGCCUGAGAGAAAGCAGUUCAAACUGCAGUUCUACAAGCUGCUCCAGAGUCGGGCUGAAUCUAUACUGAAAGAUGGGAGCCACGUGAUUGUUUUGGGAGAUGUAAAUACAUCUCACCGGCAAAUAGACCACUGUGACCCCAGUGAUAUUGAUGAUUUUGGUGAAAACCCAGGGAGGAAAUGGCUAAAUGGCUUUUUGCACAGUGAGGAGGAGGCGAUUGAGGAUGAACCCAGUGAAGAAUCUGAGGUCACUUCAUCGAAUCCCAUCCACAGUGGGAAAUUUGUGGAUACCUUUCGCUACUUCCACCCAACUCGCACCUGCGCCUUCACAUGCUGGUCCACUAUGACUGGAGCGCGGCAGACCAACUACGGCACGCGCAUCGACUACAUAUUCGCCGACUGCCAGCUAGCCAGGGAGCAGUUUGUGGCAGUAGACAUCAGGCCAGAGGUGGAGGGGUCCGACCACUGCCCCGUGUGGGGGCAACUGAGCUGCUCCCUCCAGCCUAGUUCCAAGCCUCCUCCCCUCUGUACUCGCUACCUGCCAGAGUUUGCCGGCAAGCAGCAGAAACUCUCCCGCUUCCUUGUUAAGGUGGACCAAAAAUCCACUCAGUCUGAGCCGAGGGAUAGUUUACCUGGAUCUCAAGAGGAGGAGGAAAGGAGGGAGAAUUUAAACCCAUCCGGAGCUGGAAAUGUCUCUGGUAAAAAACGGUUAUUAACAUCAGACUGUGUUGCCCCAAAGGGGAAAAAGACUAAGACAGUAAAGACUUCUUCAAAGCCGCAGGGCAGCCUCCUUUCCUUUUUCAAGCCCAAACUCACAAAUGUCGUUCCCUCUACUGAAACCCCUGUCAGUCAGUGUGAAAAAACACUCAGCGUGGACCAAGUUACCUCAUCACAAAACUCCCAAGAAGCGUCCACAACUAGCGAGGACGCAUCCUCGUUCACAAGCAGCACACCUGAAAAUACUGAGCUUUUCUGUGAAGGGUCACCACAGCUGUGCACCAGCAGCACCACAGAGGAAAAUUACAAAAAGACAAAACAUUUAACCUCACAGCCCGCUGUGGGACACUCAGAUGCCAAGAAAGGGGCGUCGUCGGUGUUUUGGAAGUCGGUGCUUCGUGGACCGCCCCCGCCGCCCUCCUGUAAGGUCCACGGGGAACCCUGCGUGCUUCGUACUGUGAAAAAGGAGGGGCCGACCAUGGGCAAACAGUUCUUUGUGUGUGCCCGUCCUCAGGGACACGCCUCCAACCCCCAGGCUCGCUGUAAUUUCUUUACGUGGGUUGACAAGGGGAAGUGAUGUGUUUACUGUACAGACCACAGAAGUUGUUUUUUCCUGACCCGUCAGUAAAACCUCUAGCUCAAACAAGUACUGUAAAGCUACUACACAGAUGUCUCAUCAUUUCGCAGACUUUAAUUAUUGACUGUGUUUUGUUCUUUGCUAAUAAUAAUGGUAUUAAAAGACAGUUUUCUAUUA